AUGCGGAAAUCUAUCAUGCCUCCACAAUGCAAAAUGCCGGCCAGACGGACACGGGGAUCAGGUGCCACAUGUUACGAUGAUUUUGAUGAAUGUAGCUUUGGAAACCCUUGUAUGCAUCGUGGUAUUUGUAGUAACACUAUCGGAAGCUAUAGAUGCAGCUGUUUACACGGAUGGUUUGGCAACGCCCACUGCGAUAUAAAAGACAAUUCUACAACUGUUCGAAAUUGCACGCCGGGAUGGAUGGGGGAAUGGUGCCAAGAUCAGUGUCUAAACGAUUCAAUGUGCCGACAUACAGAAGUGUGCAAAAAGCGAGGGAGAGGACUUCACUGUUUAUGUUCACCCGGAUGGAGUAGUCGGAAUUGUUCUGUUGACAUCGACGAAUGCACGCAAACUCCAUGCUCGAGUAAUAUGCUGUGUACAAAUACGCCUGGUUCCUAUCUGUGUAGUUGUAAAUCAGGAUUGACGGGAUCACAGUGUGAUUCUGAUAUUGACGAGUGCACGAGAAACCCGUGCGAACAUUCCUCAACAUGCAUUAAUGCGCAUGCGUCCUAUAACUGCACAUGUGCAAACGGUUGGCAGGGAACUAAUUGUGAAAAUGAUAUUAACGAAUGCGAAAAUUAUCCAUGCAAUUCAACAUAUGUUUGUGAAAAUAAUCCCGGAUCAUUUUCAUGUUCAAUAAAGCAAUAUAGUGCGUCAGGUAAAGACACUACAAAAAUGCAUAUCAUCAUCGGAGCCGUUCUUGGUUCGAUACUAAUGCUGUGCAGCAUUGUAACAUGGAUUGGAAUUCUUAAAUACAGAUGGUGUUCAAGCCGAGAUAAAAGACUCAUUCGAGAUGAUCAAAAUGUGCCUAAAGAGAAAACCAACAAUAAAGACAAAGAAGAGAAACAACGUGCGACGAAACAACAACCAACGCAUCAACAUUUUAUCAACAAGAAAUGGGUCCAUUAG